AAUGCGCGUUGCCAGUCAGGUGACAGAUGUUUGCCGCUCGCAUUUACGCGCUGUUCCGAGAUUUUCAAACCACCUGAGGGGGGCAAAGAUAAAGCGAUAUCGCGGCGCAUUUGCUCUUUCGCUAGCACAAUGAGUGCCGGCACCCCAAAAACUCUGCCGUCGUCGGGCCAGAAAUCUAUCCAGGACAUCUGCCACCCGCUAUCAACCGAGGAGUCCGUCCUCACACCCAGCCCAGAUGCAGCAAACACCAGCAGCAGCAUCGGCCACAGGGACCUGAGUCUCCCCAAUGGCAAUGCAGUGGACACGUCCAGCCCGGCCUCAUCCUCCUCACUGCUAAAUCGCUUGCAACUGGACGAUGACCUGGAUGGAGAGACGCGGGAUCUCUUUGUGACCGUGGACGAUCCGAAGAAACACGUGUCCGCCAUGGAGACGUACAUCACAUACAGGGUGUCUACUAAGACUACAAGAACAGAGUUUGACCUCCCCGAAUAUUCAGUGCGGCGGCGCUAUCAGGACUUUGACUGGCUGAGGAACAAACUAGAGGACAGCCAACCAACCCACCUGAUUCCACCUCUUCCCGAGAAAUUUGUGAUGAAGGGAGUGGUGGAUCGUUUUUCAGAGGAAUUUGUCGAGACGAGAAGAAAAGCUCUGGAUAAGUUUUUGAAACGGGUCGCUGAUCACCCUGUCCUUUCCUUCAAUGAGCACUUCAAUGUUUUCCUGUCUGCCAAGGAUUUGAAUAAAAGGCAAGGUUUAGCUCUGCUAUCCAAGAUGGGCGAGUCUGUGAAGUAUGUGACCGGUGGCUACAAGCUGAGAGCGCGGCCGGCAGAGUUUGCAACGAUGGGCGACUAUCUGGACAUGUUCACGCAGAAACUAGGCACCAUCGACAGGAUAGCACAGAGGAUCAUCAAAGAGCAGUCAGAGUACCUGGUGGAGCUGAGAGAGUACGGGCCGCUCUAUUCCUCAUGGGCCUCUUCCGAGCAUGAGCUCCAGGAGCCGUUGGACGGCGUGGCAGGCUGCGUGGCUAACUGCUGCAGCGCUCUGGAGGAGCUCACAGAGGACAUGAGUGAUGACUUCCUACCUGUCUUGCGAGAAUAUGUCCUCUACAUUGAGUCCAUGAAGAAUGUACUGAAGAAGAGGGACCAAGUCCAGGCUGAGUAUGAGGCUAAACUGGAAGCUGUAGCAUUCCGUGAGGAAAAGAGGACAACAGUGCCCACAGAUGUGGAGAAAUGCCAGGACCGGGUGGAGUGCUUCAAUGCUGACCUGAAGGCUGACUGGGAGCGCUGGCAGAACAACAAACGGCAAGAUUUCAGACAGCUCCUGACCGGCAUGGCAGACAAAAACAUCCAGUACUAUGAAAAGUGCCUUGCAGCAUGGGAGUCCCUCAUUCCAAUCUUACAGGACAAACAGGAAGCCAAAGUAGAGACGAACUGAGCAUGUGUAUGGGUCACCUGCUCUCGGGGUUGUGACCUGGUAAGACCUGUGUGAGACCUUGGUGGCGUCUCCUCAUUUUUUUUGGCCAUCUGGGGACCCGAUAGAUCUGGGGAGCAAGAUGGGCUUUACAGAGGCCGUACGAUAUUUUGUUGCGUUUAGGUUUUUUUUUUUUUUAUUAUUAUUAUUGUUUAUUUAUGAUAUCCCAUCCAAGCACCUCUUCCUUCCGUCUGGUCUUGGAAGAACAUGCAAUUUGGUGUUCUACUGAAGCACAGGGAGACAAACCACAGAAUCCAGUUUUCUGGAUUUCUCCUCUGAAAUAUUGUGCACAGAAAAAGAGAAGUACAACAAGCUACAUUUUCGCCAAUGAUUUUCCAUAAAUUCCGCUUACUCUCAGCAUGGUUCCCUUUCAUCGAUGCCUCGUUGUCGUCGCUGUUGUCCCAUGCAUCGUGACCACGAAGAGACAUGCCAAGGAUCAUCCACAUUCCUCUCACCAAAGUUUGAUGUGUUUUUGUUUGCUUGUUUCUUUUUGUGUUUCAGGAACACUAUGGAUCUGAUGCUGUGAAAUGGCAUGAGCUCAUAUCUACUUUAUUAUACUUGUGAUUUAUGUUUUUGUUUGUUGACUCUGAAUGAAGGUUCUCAUCUCAGUCGUAUGAGACUCAGAUGCUUUUCAUAAUCACUCUGGAUUGUUGGGCCCAGCUUUCCACAGGUUGUUGUGUUUUUUAAAUUAAAGGUAGCUUUCAGAUGAAAGCUGCUAGGAAUAUGAAAUGCAUUCAGACCACUCGGGGAGGAAUUUCUUUUCACAGAGAUGAUCAUUUCUCAGAGGGACAUGGAACACUUAAUCUAAUCUUAGCCAGUCUUAACACUAACAAGUACUAAUUAGGAAUUAACUCUGGGAUUUAAGCACAUUCUAUUGAUAUACUUUUCAGAGCACGGGGUUGAGAUCUAGGAGUUGUUCUUUAGAAGACUGGAACUUUAUUAUUUUGUUCUUGUAGAAAAAGCUGCUGUGGAGCAAAAGGAGAAUCUAAUACUUUACUUAGGGAUGGUGUUCAUAGGGCUAUGUGAUGCCUUCCUAAGGACAUCAAGACAACUAACGUCAACCUACAUAAAAAUAAUAGGACAUGACACCCAAGUCAAGUGACAUGUUUGCUGAUUUAAAGCUACAAAAGACUGCUGGUAUAACCUAAAAAAUUAUAAAGGCUCAUUCCAACAGGUCAAAAUUGCCAUGAGUGCUUUGUUCAAUUAUGUAAGAACACCCAAGUCGUGUUCAUUUCCAAACUUAUAUGACCCUGACAUGACAAGCGUACCUUGAAUUUCAUCUGUCGUCUGUCUUUGUAACCAUUCUAACAUGUCAUAGACCAACCCUAUUUCAACUGGGACAACAAACAUUCAUUUAGAAAGUUUUUUUUAUUUAUGGCUGAUGACUUAAAGAAGCUAUGACGCUUCCUAGGCCAACAUGUGACUUGCCAUAGCAGAAGUCUAAUGAUGUACAAAGUCAUCCGUUAUGUCGUUCUAAUACCAGUCAUAACACAACCUUAUGUCAGUUGGACAAAUGGACAAAUCACCUCUUAUUAUUAAAGCUGUUGCAUAUUGGAUUAAGCCUUUAAAAUUUUUUACAGGUCAAAAGAUCAUGUCCUUAUGUCAAUUGGACAAUUCUUGCAUAUUGGACUAGGCCUUUAUACAUCUUUAUAUUGCUUCAUCAGUUGCCAUAAUGGAUUUAUAUACACUUGUCAAGUAGCUUUAUAAACACAAGUGUUGCUGAAAAAUGAUACCUGUGCUCCAUUUAAGCCCACUGUUUGUAAUGUUGGAGAACAGUAUGCUCUCAGUGUCAGCCUGUGGGAAAACAUUUAUCUUACGCAAGUACACACAGAUUCGUUAGUUAAAGUUUGAAUUAUGCUCAGUCUAGAAAGUUUAUACACACUACACUGUUAUAACAGCAGUCUUAAUAUUCAGGGUGACCGUGUACACAGCUUUUCUGUCCACCCUGCUACAACACACCACUGAGCCUCUAAUUAGCUGCAUGUGUUAUUCACAACUUAAGCUACAGGCCGUGCCAGUCAUGUCUCAGUACUCCUGUGGCCUCUAUCUCUCUCUCCGUCUCUCUCAGAGCUGUAUGCAGCUGUUACCAGGCCUGCUGUUGUAUAUUCUUACGGCUCCUUAUUCUGUUGGGUGUAUUUUAUUGCGGGAAAGCGAAUUCUCUCUGUUCAAAUCUGCAAGUGAGAAUUUUAGCUGUAACUAAAAACCAUCUGAUGUAUUUGUCUUAAAAACAAUUGCACUCAUCUCAUUAGAAAGUGCUUUAAAGAUCAGACAUCCUGUUUUUUUUUCCUGUUUUAUUUGUCGAUUUUCUAAAUUUUCUAUGUUAAUAUUAUUCCAGAUUUGCAGCGUGACAGGUUAGGCGUAGGUUAAGUAUGAAUACAAGAGUGAUGUAACGUGCAGCCCUAGCGCCAUCUGCUGGAUGGGAAUCUUAUUGUUUUUUCCACUAUGAACAGGUCUGAAAGAAAAGCUCCAUCCUGCAACACACUGAAUAUGAUUAUGGUGAAUUAUUUACGAUUCAAAGUUCAAGAGGGCAAAAUGAAGCUGAAUUAAGACUUAUGAUCAUGUUGAUGGCGGUAUUAGAAUAAAUCGCCAGAGGAUCAUGGGUUAAUUUUUAGGUAACUAUUAAUAUGCAAGCGGGGUUUUCCUUUAUGCUCAUAAAGGCGAAGAAUAGUUUGAUCAGUGGGUUUUGUGAACAUAACAGACGCCGACUGUGCAUGUUUUUUUGUGGUGCAAUAUAAGAGACACUCCACGUUUCCACUCGUAACCAAAUCCUUCUGCUUUCUUUUAAUCUCUGUAACAGUUCUGUAAAGCAUUAGUGUGAUAAUGAAGGCAGCUACACUACACUUAGUCCUGUGUGACUUUGUGAAAAAUUUUUUGGGGCGGGAUUAAUACUUUAGACCUAUGUAAAUUGACCAACUGAGUUGAUUUUUUUUUUUUUCCCCAUUCUGGAUGGACACAGGGCAAAUUACAAGUUCAUCAGAUUUCAUGAGCAACAACAUAAGCUUUCUUUUCUUUUCUUUUAACUCUUUUCUUGCUCGAGUCCGAUGGCAGUGAGGCGUGUUCGAUUGUAAAUAGCAUUUGUCAGCCUGACUUUUUUGUAAUGUCGAAAUGAAACUGCUUUGUAAAGCUGACUUCUGUUUAAGAGAGUCAGCAAGUCUGUGUGAGGCUGAAAGGGGGGAGAAGUUCAAUAUGGCGGUGAAUAUUUUGUAAUAUUAAUAUAAUUUAUAGACCAAAAAAGGUUUGUAGCCCUCGGUUCUCCCCUAAUUUUUUUUUUUUUUCCUUUGUGUGAAUUGUUUACUGUAACAUUAAUGUAAAUGUCACUGUUUCAAUUGCAGGAAAAUGACAUUGAUGUUUUGAAACUAUAUCUUUACCGAACAUAUUUUAAAUAUUGAACCAAUUAAAAAGGAUUGUGUUAAUGCUUUUUGGAUAGUUUAUGUAUUCUUUUUUUUUUUUUUUUUUAUUGGAAAGUGUUGCACACUUGGUGUAUACCCUGUACAUUCCAUCAGCGAUUUCACUUCUGAAGCAUGAAUAACAUUUUCAAUGCAAAUGACACAAUGUAAGGCAGAUGCUAAAAAAAUGAAGGCACUUUAUCGAUGAACAAUAUGAGCAUUAAACCAUCUUGAGGACUAUAGCUAUGAAUCUUUUGCCCAAAAUACAAAAAAUAAUGACUAGAAAGUAUAUGUAAAUGGAAAAUAAAAUAAACUUAAAAAAAAGACAUUGCACUAAUUAAAGGCAGGAUUAUGAUUGAUGCAUUUUUGUACUUUUUCCAUACAAAGCGGUCUCAAAUAAACACUGUUUAUAACACACAACUAAGAAAAAUAUAUA